GUGCUCUCAUGUCUGCCUCCUGUUGCCCUCACUGAGCUGUAUGUGCAUGUGUGUACGUGUGUCCAUGGUGUGGGAGGAGGAACGCGAGGAGGUAGCUGCUGGUAUGAUGAAGAACAAGUUGUACUGACUCAGGUUCGAUCCCCACUUCCGUCCUCCCGACUCCUGGCACCGGACCGACGGGACCGACUGAAGCCGGGAUGGACUUCGUGCUGAGCGGGUCGGCGGCGUGCGGCGCGUGUCUGUUCACCAACCCGCUGGAGGUGGUGAAGACGCGGAUGCAGCUGCAGGGCGAGCUCCGGAGCCGGGGCACCUACCAGGUCUACUACCGCAACGUGUUCCACGCCUUCUACACCAUCGGGAAAGUGGACGGGCUGGCCGGUCUGCAGAAGGGUCUGGUGCCCGGACUCGUCUACCAGUUCUGCAUGAACGGAGUCAGACUCGGCUCCUACUCCGUCAUCGAGUCCUCCGGCUACAUCCACACCAACGGGAGGGUCAGCGGGGUCAAGACCACGUUAGCAGGGGCCUCGGCCGGCGUGGUUGGAGCCGUGAUCGGCAGCCCCGUGUACCUGGUCAAGACCCAUCUGCAGAGUCAGUCCACAUCCUCCAUCGCUGUGGGUCAUCAAUACAAACACCAGGGGAUGAUCCACGCUCUGGCAGCCAUCUACAGGCAGCACGGCAUUCUGGGUCUGUGGAGAGGCUCCAGUGCUGCCAUACCCAGGGUCAGCGUGGGGUCGUCCGCUCAGCUCUCCACCUUCUCCUCCGCCAAGGAGCUGGUCAUUGACCUUCAGAUUUUCCCAAAGGACAGCUGGUUGGUGGCCCUGAGCGCCGGUAUGAUCAGCAGUGUGGUGGUGGUGAUGCUUAUGACGCCGUUUGACGUGGUCAGCACACGGCUCUACAACCAGCCGGUGGACCCUGCGGGCAAGGGGCUGAUUUAUGAAGGAUUCACUGACUGCUUUUCCAAAACGCUGAAGAAGGAGGGCUUGACUGGACUCUACAAAGGCCUGGGAGCCUCUUACUUCCGGCUCGGACCUCACACUAUUCUGUCCUUGCUCUUCUGGGACGAACUGCGCAAAAUGUACCAGAAGGACAGAUAACACCAGGAGGACGAGGAGACUGGGGGGGAAGCGGUAACUCAUUAAGCUCAAGAGUGCAAAGGUUUAAUGAGUUUUACUAUUAAGAGGUUAAAAAGCCAGAGAUGCUCUGCUUCGUUGACGGAAACGAGAAAACCGAGCAAAGGUAACGUUUUACACUCCAUCAAGAAACCAAAUAGGUACUGACAAAUAGCUCCAGAGAGGAAGGACAACCUGCAGUGAAGAGCAGUGAACAGUUUUAUCUUAAAGAGAAGAUGAUUUGAACAUACACAGAGACCAACAUACCUCAUAUACAGAUGUAAUUCCAAUAGAUAUCUCGCAGUGGACUCGACAGUGUGAGAACAUGAAUGCACUGGUACAGAAAGAAACUUGAAUGACACGGCUGGUCCAUUUGUGCAGGUGAAGGCUGCCUCAUGCUUUACGAACCUAGUUAUUAGACUAACCAGCCUAGAAGCCACUUUGCUUUCAAGCCUGGUGAAAGUCCUCAAGAGUUCCUGCUGAUCAUUGAUCCUAAAGUCUGCAAAGAUACCAAACACGUGAGGCUGAAUUUAGAGGAGAUGUGUUUGAUAUGAAGUCUUGAGUUUGGAUUAUUUUCUCUGUGUCAAUAUACGGUGGCCGAGGAAGGCAAACGCACUGCAACAGGCCAAAACGUUUUCCUAAGGAGAAACGUGCCCCAAAUUCACAAGUAAGGCAAAUAAAAAUAAAAAAACAUCGAUCAACUGAAUCAUGCUGGAAAUAAAAAACUGUCCUGCGGGAAGCAGAAACUAAUAUUAACUGUAAACAUAAAAAGAUUAGACAAAAUGUAAACAAUGUUUAUCUUUGAAUGUUGCAUCUUCACUCCAUCUUUCUUAACAUUAUUCAUUACUAGUGAUUUAAAUAGUGGCUGAGGCUUUGAACAUGGCAGCACUUUAGCAAGAUAAACACACACACACUCCGACUGACUUUCCACAGCAGAAGGGGAGGAUCAUGUUACUACUGUUUUUAUUUUGUAUGAUAAAGUCGGAGCUUUGGUCUUAUAUGAAGAUUUUCAUACAGCAGGGAUAUAAACUUUUAUACCUUUUAAAACAACUUUACAGGAAACGUAAAUUUGACUUUAAUAACAAUCCUUAGACAGGGACAGUUUUCCUUUUUUAAAUAGCCCAAAACAGUUCUUACUAGAACCGUGUCCUGUCGAACAAACUUUGUGCCAAAACUUGUGCCAUUUAUUUCGUUUAACGAUUUUAUUUUUAAAAGUACGUGAUUUUUCUGCCUGAUUAACACGGUGUGCUGUCCACUAACUCUUAGAAACACUGGUUACAACUACAGACUACAAAGUGAAGUGUUAUUGGUUGGUUUAUAUCAUUUAGGAUUCUGAGGAAUUUUAUAUGUAAGUUAAAGGACUGGAGAAAAUUUAAAAUGAUGUAAAAAGUUUUUGAUACAUGUUUGGAAAUUGCUGGGUUCUGUUGCAGUUGUCCGGUUUCUGAUGACGUGUCCUGUGCUGUAUCAGAAAAGGUCUCGUCAGUUGUGCAGUGAGUUGAUCAGGGUCAGUGAUUGUUACAUGCGGCAGCUCGGAAAUGUUCCAUUAAUGUAUGAUAACAUGGACUUCCUGUUACGAAACGGACAUGAAGAGCAAAUAAAAAGUGAUUUCAUUGUU